AUGCUUCACUCUGCUAUUUCAAUCACACUGUAUCCGCUAACUUCGGCCAUGUUUCCUACAUGACGUUGGGCCACGCCGGUACCGCAUGUGAAGCGGAGAAAAGGCGCCAUAAUCUCCACUUCUAUAAGCCACCUUGAGGUCGCGUUUCGCUGUUGUGACCCACCCUAGCUAAGUCGUACCUAUCGUAUCCCAAUCUGGAUUGCAAUGUGUAGAUGGUUUGCGUAUAUUUCGAACUCUGAACGUUGUCUGCUCGAGGAUGUCCUUAUCGAUCCUGGUCAUUCCAUUGCGAAGCAAGUGCACGACCAUUAUCUUCCUAAGCUGAUUCAUCAUGAACUUGGGGAGGAUCGCCGGGAGACAGAGAGGGAGGUCGCUUUGCGUAACAAGCUCUUCAAUGCUGAUGGGCUUGGCGUUGCGUGGUAUACAACGACCAGGGCGGACUAUGGGGAAUGCGAAGGACCUCGUCCAGCCAUGUAUAGGAUCCUUCGUCAACCAUUGACGGACCCCCACUUCCGAUCCAUCUGUGCUCAUACGUCAACUCUCGCACUGUUCGCACACAUUCGUGCAGCCAGCGGAGAAACAGCGAUCACGGAAUACAACAAUCACCCUUUCCAGUUUGGCCGUUGGUUGUUUAUGCACAACGGCGUUGUUGCUCAUUUCAGUAUCAUCAAGCGAGAAUUUUGUGCGGAGCUCUCGCAUGAUGCGUUCCAGUUGAUCAAGGGCACAACGGACUCCGAACAUCUAGCUGCUCUGAUCUUCACGUAUCUGGAGGCUACGAAGGGCCCCGAGGCCUGGGAAGCUACGCAUCCGUUAGAUGAGGUGAAGGAUGCUCUAGAGCGUGCAAUCUCAACCGUCUUUGAAAUCCAGAAGAAGGUCGUACCAAAGCGCGGGUUACCUUUAGAAGCGUCCAGCCUAAAUAUCGCCAUCACUGACGGGACUCAACUGAUCACCAUCCGCUUUCGCAACCAUCCAACUCAGCAACCACCUUCGUUAUACUUCUCUACCACGGCAGGUGUCACAUUGAACAGGAAGUUCCCAGGACAUCCUGACCGAGAUGGCGAUAAUGGAGUGCAGAAUCUGAAGGCAGCUCAUGAGCACGGCGAUCAUGUCAUCGUGUGCAGUGAGCCGACCACGUUCAAGAGCUCUGAAUGGGAGCUGAUAAAUAAGAACGAGUGUAUCAUGGUUGGACCAGAUAUGGUUGUACGGAGGGAGUCAGUUAAUGUUCAAUUCUGAUUCUUUGGGUGUUCCUAGACACCUUCCAAAAAUGGUUGGCUUGGAAGAAUCCGUCCGCAAGCUUCAAGAGAGAUGCCCACCGUUCGGCCAGCUUGAACAAUUUUCUCGAUGUGAGACUUGUCACGCUAAAGUUACCAGCCCGAGUAGAUGAAGCUAUCCGACUGUUUUGAAACUGCACAUUCACUGGCCCUGCUUCGACUUUCGGUUGUGCGUCAUGUUUCAAGACGAUUAGAGUCCAG